AUGCAAGGACACAAUGAGAAGACUUGUAAGAUAAACGGACAUAAAAAGGUGAGUGAUCAUGAGCCUAAAGAUGAUGGAGGGAGGAUGGAUUCGACUCGGAUGAGCAAAGAUCAGGAAAAACUCCAAAAGGAGAAGGAGAAUGAUAUGGAACAAGGAAUGGUGAUUUUUGAAGCAAGAGAAACAAGUGAUCCACUGAAGUUGCAUGAUGAUGGAACACAUAUUCAAGUAGAUAACCAAGAAACUGAGAAUAAUCCAAUUGACGCCUUGAAUAAUUUAAGACAGGAAGUGGCCAAUACAGAUGGGGCCGAAGAGUUAACGCCGGCUUCUUCUCAUGAGGACUUGGAUGCACAAAAGGAGACUUUGUUAAAGGAGGGCAGACCUGACCUGCAUGCUGUGCCUAAUGUGAUGGAAGCCAUGAAUGAGUUGCAUGCAAAUUUCGGAAAUCUUGUGGAGAUGAAUGAACAUAAUGUUGCUGAGGAAAAUAUUACGGAAAGAGAAGAAGGGGAAUUUCAGGUAUGGAGAGAUCGGUAUAAUUAUGAUAGUUGUGUUUCAAAUGAAGAUGUGGGGGGAAAGAUAUGGUUGAUGUGGAAAGAUGAUACUAAUUUGGUAGUGCAGGCCAUGGGAGAUCAGUUUAUUACGGUUAAAAUGGUGGAAAAUUCGAAAACUAUUCUCAUGACUAUAGUUUAUGCAAAAUGUUAUUACCAGGAUCGAAGACGUUUAUGGCGCGAUUUAGAAGUAACUAAUCUGCAGAAUGUGCCAUGGAUUGUUGUUGGCGAUUUUAAUAUCAUUAGAAAUGAUAGUGAAAGACGCGGGGGGAGGCCCAGAAUUUCUGUGGCUAUUAAAGAUUUUAAUAAUUCUAUUGAUAUAUGUGGCUUAAUGGAGAUGAAGUUCAGUGGGUCAUCGCUGUCGUGGUGUAAUGGGCACAUUAAUCUUACUCGCAGUUGGGCUCGUCUGGAUCGUGGUCUUCUUAAUGCAUUGGGAUGUGAUGAGUAUCCAGAUGCCCAUCUUAAUUACUUGGCUAGAACGUCGUCUGACCAUGUGCCCAUACAUUUUACAUUGCCCAGGAAGGUAGUGCAUUAUGGUUAUCCCUCCUUUAAAUUUCAGCAAAUGUGGACUACACAUGAUUCCUUUCUUGAGUGUGUUUCUAAGGUGUGGUCGGCAGAAGGGUCGGGGUUAGCAAUGUCCAGAUUAGCUUUUAAACUCAAAACUCUAAAAGCUGCUCUCAGGGUCUGGAACAAACAAGUAUUCGGAAGGACUGAAUCAAAUAUUGCAACGCUGGAAGGGCGUAUUAAGAAUAUUAAGGCUAAUCUACAGAGUUCUUAUUCUCAAGAGGAGGAGAUGGAUCUUAUGGCUUCCCAGUUGGAGUUAAAGGUCUGGCUGGACAGAGAAGAACAGAGGUUAUCUCAGCAGGCUAAACAAACUUGGCUGCCAAAGGGUGAAGCUUCCCCUGUUUUCUUCCGAGCAGUCAGUAGACAGAAGUAUUAUCAAGUGGCUAAGAUGCAUUUAGCGGAUGGUAAUAUUCUUACUUCUCCCGAACAAAUACAUAAUGGUGCUGUGGAAUAUUUUAAAAAUUUUCUGGAGGCUCUUCUAUCAGGUGAUAUGCCAAACUUGGAAGGCCUGGUUGAUAAGAUGGUCACUGAACCCGAUAAUGCAGAUUUGUGUAGAGUGCCAUCUCAACAGGAAAUUAAGGAGGCUGUUUUCUCUAUUCCGGUGGAUAGUAGUCCGGGACCUGAUAGGUUUGGCUCUGGAUUUUAUCGAGCAUGUUGGCAGAUUAUUUAUAAGGAGGUUGUUGAGGCGGUGGUAGAAUUUUUCAGUGGUGUAAUGCUUCCAAGAUUUUAUUCAACCUCAUUCUUGGUAUUAAUUCCGAAAAUUCCUAAUCCCACUAGCUUUGAUAAAUUUUGCCCGAUUAGUUUAUGCUUGGUGUUUUAUAAGAUAUGCUCUAAAAUUCUGGUUAAUCGGUUAUCUUCGAUAUUAUCCAGAAUUAUUUCGCCGGAACAAUGA